UUGUGUUUUAAAAGGGAAACUCAGGUUAAAAAAAUCUACCAACUAUUAGGAAACUUUUUAACAGUUCUAGCAUACAAAAAAAUUAAAUUUUUUUUCAUUUGUUCAGGUUUUUAGGGUUCUUGCCUAUAAUUAAUUACAUAUUCUAUCUGCAGGCAGCGCCAAUCAAUUACGGCCAUGGCCGUUUGAACGUUAACACAAAAAAAAAGGAAAAUAUAUAAAAAAGUCGCACAUUUCCCAGGUCACAGAACACAGAUACAAUUUGUUUUUGCUGAUAAGAAAUCUGAAAAAAGGAAAAAUUUAGCGCUAUCAACAAGUUGAAUGCGAACGCACCGCAAAGUGAAUAAACGCUAAACGAGAGGUGGAGAGCGAGAACCGUAGAAGGAGAAACAGAGAGAGAAUAGCAAAAGUUCAUUAGUCGCUCGCGAUAAACUAAAAACGGCAAAUGUAAAUAAAAAGCAAAAAACAAAGAAAAUCACUCAGAUUCACACGCACACUCGCAAGCGUUUUGAGCGCCUUGGCUUUGUUUAUUUUAGGCGAACUCGCCGCACUCGUUUUUCGCCGCAUCUGGCGUAUCUGGCAGCUACGUUCGCCGUUCGGCGUUCGCUUUUCGCCUUAGUAUCGCUCAGAUAUUCAAACCGUUCGGUUCGCUCGGAAAGAGAACGCGCGACAAAAGCGGCCCGAAAAUAAAUUACAUUCAAAUACUGCCCACUGGCAACCCAGAAAAAUAGGAAAUCGAUCUGAAAACCAUAUAUAAAAAUCGGGCAGAGUUUUGUGCGUGUGUGUGUAUGUGCUUGUAAAAUAAGAAAACCCCCCAAGAAAAUCCCAGAAUAAAAAGUACAAAAGUAUUCUUUUUGAGAUGAGCCAAUGAAACGUUUUUUAUACGCGAUCAACGGUCGCGUGCUCAAUUCGCGCGUGUGUGUUUGUGUGCUCGUGUCUGUGUGUCGCCAAGGUGUGAAAAUAUACAUAUGUGCUUAUACAGAUAUAUCUCAAGCGAUACAACGAAAAAGUCUCGACGAAACUUUUCCCUCUCGCUAACUAAAUAAUUGACAAGGCAAAUAAGUUAUUAUGAAAGUGAAACAGAGUGAAAACAAAAGCAAGAGCGAUCGCAACCAAAGUGUGCAAAUUAAUCCAAAAUUCGACAAUUUCAAUUGGCUGACAACAACCUGCGGCCUUUUGGCGGCAGUAAAAUCAACAAAAUUGAUUCCACAACAGCAACAACAACUUCAACAGCAGCCAAGAAAUACAAUUUACGUUACGCAGCGGAGUUGCUCAAGUUUGACAAAAUUCAAUUCAUUAAAACGGAGGGUUUAACAUUUGCAUUGCUGGCGGGCCCCAUGGGCCAAGCGGCAAGUAUGUGUCGAUUUCGUGGUUGUCGCUACAAAAACAAAACCAAAAGCAGCAAGCAACAUCAGCAGCAGCAACAGCAACAGCAACAGCAACAACAACAACUACAGUAUCAGCAACAACAACAACAAACACCCACCCAUAGUCCUCAGAUUCAACAUCAUUCUGAGAUAAUACCAGCUACAACAGGCCUGCAUCUGCGGAGCAUCGAGGAGCCAGCGACGACGCCGCUCCAGUUCCAGACCGCUGGCAGGAUGAACGCGGAGCAGGGGGGCACGGGGUACGGCGGCUACGGAACCAGCGAGCACUCGCUGCUCAUCGCCACGCGCCACGCCGGUGUCCCCCUGCCCCUCGCCCAGCAGCAGCCACUCCCCGCCCACUAUCAGACGGCCAACCACAUUGGCGCCGCCCCCGCCACCUCCUCCUCCGCCUCCUCCAACGGAGGAUCCUCCUCCUCCGCCGGCGGACUGCAGUCGCAGUCGGUGUUCCCGCCGCAGCAUCCGCAGCAAACGCAGCAGCAGCAGCAGUAUCAGGUGCAACAGCCGUACAACCAGUACCAGUACCAGCACCACUACCACCACCAGCCCACGUCGCCACAGCACCACCGGCCCUACGAUCCGGAGCACGCCAGGAUGGAGGCCUGGCUGGACGAGAAUCAGGAAUUUGUACAGGAUUAUUUUAUAAGGAAAGCCACACGUCAGACGGUGGACGCCUGGCUGGUCUCACAUGCCACCUCCGCGGGCAACGACGUGGUCAGCAGCACCUCCCCCACCCACCCCAAUGGGCAGACCUCCUCCUCGAGGGGCGGAUCCGGAGCCACCACACCAGUGCGAAAAAUCUCUGCUCACGAGUUUGAGCGCGGUGGUUUGCUGAAGCCGAUUGUCAAUACCAUCGACGGCACGCCCACAUUUUUGAGCAUUGGUCCGCCGUUGGACAACGGGGGCGUGGGCGGCAGCUGCGGCAACCUGCAGAACGUCGGCGGCGUCGUGGCGGGACAGUAUCAGUAUCACCACCAGCAGCACCACCACAACCAUCCGCAUCUGCACCACAGCCAGCACAGUCAUUAUCAGGCGGGCGGAGCCGUUGGCAGCAGCAGCUUGGGCAGCUCCACUGGCGGCGGAGGAGCGGGAAGUGCCCCCGGAAUGGGUGGCACUGGAGGAGCCGGAAAUGGACAUCAAUAUCAAUAUUAUCAUUGCCACCAGCGACCGCAGCGGUUGUCGCGCAACGAGCUCAAGCAGCUCGAUGAGAAGGAGUUGAUUUUCGAACUGGUAAAGGACAUUUGCAACGAGCUCGAGGUGCGCACUUUGUGCCACAAGAUCCUCCAGAAUGUUUCCAUACUCCUGAAUGCCGAUCGAGGAUCUCUUUUCCUGGUGCAAGGACGAUGCAACGGACCUGACGGACUCAAAAAAUGCCUCGUCUCGAAGCUGUUCGAUGUGUGCCCCCGCAGCACCGUGGAGGAGAUGGAGCAGCAGGACGAGGUGCGGGUGGCCUGGGGCACCGGAAUCGCCGGACAUGUGGCCGAAAGCGGAGAGCCGGUCAACAUACCAGAUGCUUACCAGGACGAGCGCUUCAAUUGUGAAAUUGACUCGUUGACCGGCUAUCGGACGAAGGCCUUGCUCUGCAUGCCCAUCAAGGAUUCAUCCGGGGAUGUGAUUGGCGUGGCGCAGGUCAUCAACAAAAUGAAUGGCGAGUGCUUCUCCGAAAUCGAUGAAAAGGUCUUUGCCUCGUAUCUGCAGUUCUGUGGCAUUGGACUGCGAAACGCCCAGCUGUACGAGAAAUCUCAACUGGAAAUCAAGCGGAAUCAAGUGCUCCUGGACUUGGCCCGCAUGAUCUUCGAGGAGCAGAGCACCAUCGAGCACAUGGUCUUCCGCAUCCUCACCCACAUGCAGAGUCUCAUCCAGUGCCAACGGGUUCAGAUCCUUUUGGUUCACGAGGCGGACAAAGGCAGCUUCUCGCGGGUCUUCGACUUCGAGGCGAACGAUCUGAGUGAGGAGGAGGCCACCUCGCGAACCAGUCCCUAUGAGUCGCGGUUUCCCAUCAACAUUGGGAUCACUGGACAUGUGGCCACCACCGGGGAGACGGUCAAUGUGCCGAAUGCCUACGAGGACGAUCGAUUCGACGCCAGUGUGGAUGAGAACUCCUGCUUCAAGCACCGCUCUAUUUUGUGCAUGGCCAUCAAGAACUCGCUGGGUCAGAUCAUCGGAGUCAUCCAGCUGAUCAACAAGUUCAAUGAGUUGGACUUCACCAAGAACGACGAGAACUUCGUGGAGGCGUUCGCCAUCUUCUGCGGAAUGGGCAUCCACAACACGCACAUGUACGAGAAGGCCAUCGUGGCGAUGGCCAAGCAGAGUGUCACCCUGGAGGUGCUCAGCUACCACGCAUCGGCCACCAUGGACGAGGCCCAUCGUUUGAGGCGUCUUCGAGUACCUUCAGCUGUGCAUUUCCGAUUGCACGACUUUAAGUUCGAUGACAUACACUUUGAAGAUGACGAUACUUUAAAGGCCUGCCUGCGCAUGUUUUUGGAUCUCGAUUUUGUGGAACGCUUUCAUAUUGACUAUGAAGUUCUUUGCCGUUGGCUGUUGAGUGUAAAGAAGAAUUAUCGCAACGUUACCUACCACAAUUGGCGGCAUGCCUUCAAUGUGGCGCAAAUGAUGUUUGCCAUUCUAACUACCACUCAAUGGUGGAAGAUCUUUGGUGAAAUCGAAUGCUUGGCGCUAAUUAUUGGCUGCCUUUGUCACGAUCUCGAUCAUCGAGGGACUAACAACUCCUUCCAGAUUAAAGCCUCAUCGCCUUUGGCUCAGCUGUACUCCACCUCCACCAUGGAGCACCAUCACUUUGAUCAGUGUCUGAUGAUCUUGAAUAGUCCCGGAAAUCAAAUCCUGGCUAAUCUGUCCUCCGAUGAUUAUUGUCGAGUUAUAAGGGUGCUGGAAGAUGCCAUUCUAUCCACUGAUUUGGCAGUGUAUUUCAAGAAACGAGGGCCCUUCUUGGAGAGUGUGAGCCAACCAGUGAGCCAUUGGGUGGCCGAGGAGCCGCGCGCCUUGUUGCGUGCCAUGAGCAUGACUGUCUGUGAUUUGUCGGCCAUCACGAAGCCGUGGGAGAUUGAGAAGCGUGUGGCCGACUUGGUUAGCUCGGAGUUCUUCGAGCAGGGUGAUAUGGAGAAGCAGGAGCUCAACAUAACUCCUAUUGACAUCAUGAAUCGCGAGAAGGAGGAUGAGCUGCCCAUGAUGCAAGUGAACUUUAUUGACUCCAUUUGCUUGCCUAUUUAUGAGGCCUUUGCCACCCUCUCCGACAAGCUAGAGCCUCUUGUCGAGGGCGUGCGCGAUAAUCGCGGCCAUUGGAUCGAUCUGGCCGAUGUGGUGAAAACCAAAGCUAGUCAGGAUCAGGAUCGAGAGCCAGAGGAGCCGAAGGAGCAGCAGCAGAAAAAUGUGAUAUCGAACGGUGACUGCAAGGCGAUGAGUGAUGAUGAUGCAACGGCGGCUGCAACGGAAGCGAAAGCGGAAUCGCCAGCGGCGGACAACCAGCAAGGCCAACAAGCAAGCGUAAAUGGCCCCCAAGUUGGCAACAACAGCAGCAGUCCCACUAAUAAGAACCUUGCCGUCGCUUCUCAUCCCACCAGCACCCAGCCCAGUGAAGAUGAUGAUGAUGAUGGAGAUGGAGAUGCAGAUGGAGUUCUUGAAGCAAAUGCAGAUGCAGAUGAUGAUGGGGCAGAGACCGUCGAGGAGAACGGUCACGAUGCCGAAGUGGAGGAGUUGUCCUAUCGCUCGAACAGCAGUUGCAGCUCCUCAACGGCCUCCAGUCGUCUGUCGACGCCACCGCCAACCGGCGAGGAUGACAGCACACCGGUUUCACCCUCGAAAACGCUGCAGGCCAAGCUGGUCGUGGCCAAUUUGAGUGCCCUGCAGAGGCAGUCCUCCAAUCCGAGUGGCAGUGGCAGCCAGAAGCAGCGCUGCAAGAGCUGUGAUCAUUCGAGGAGCGGCAUGCAGGUGCGCAAGACGAGUUCCCUGCGCGGAGCCCAGGAAUUGGAAACCAAAAAUGGCAGUAAUGCUGCUCUCUGCAAAAGCACGCCAGUGAUCAACAACCACAGCCAUCAGCAUAGUCACAGUCACAGUCACAGUCACAGCCAUAGUCACAGCCACAAUCACAGCCAGCAGCACCAUCAUCACCAUCAUCAUCAUCACCAUCACUCGCAUCACAAUCAUGGCCAGCAUGGCAUCGGAAUUGGCAGUGCCAGCAUUGGUGGCAGUGGGCUAAUUAGCCUGACCACGCCCCUUUUGGCGGCCGACAGUGAUAGGAUACCAAAAAUAGUGGGCAAAAUUGGAAAUCUCGAUGGUCUGCCCUUUGCCAAUGGCAUUGGUGGCACCCCAAAUGGUCAUGGUCUGCCAUUCGGCAGCUUGCAUCAUCAUCAUCACCAUCAUCAUUUGCUGGCGCGUCGUCAUUCGGAGACUAAUAGCAAUGUGGCCACCGCUGUGGCAGCUGAAAAGUAAAAAAAAAAAACACAAAGAAUAAGAAAAACAUCCCAAUCUAGUGUGUUUCUAGAAGCUCAGAAGCAGUCAAGGGAUCAAAACUUAAGCUCAAAACUCUUGAACCAUAUUUACGAUGUCCGAAAGUAUGCAAGAAAUUAUUUCAUGUACCACAUACUCGUAGGCUCCCAUAUGGUUUCCCCUUAAAAAAAGAAACCCCUCUGUAGCAAGAGUUCCGGAUCACAUUAGCAUAUCUUCAAUAUGUACAUAGUUCUAUUCAUCUCACCUCAAAUCGCCACAUAGCAACACUCAUCUUGUAUAUAACAUCCACUUUGAGCAACAGUAUCGCAGUGCAGUAGGAAAGUAGGAUUGUGAGGAACGAAGGAAAAAAAAACACAUACCAUAUAAGCAAAUUGUGGCACAGCAAUUUGAUAGCCUACAACUAAAACUAAAUAGAAAGAUUCCUAUAAACGUAUGUAAAUCGUAUAUAUACUUAUGUAUGUGUAUACUUUGAUCUGUGUGUGUUUGUAUGUUAAACAAUUUUAGUUCGUUAGUUAAUGAUAAAGCAAAGAAGUCAAAUUCUCUAGAUGUUUAAGCACCAACGAAACAAACAAAACGAAAAAUUGUACCAAAAAAAUAUUGUGGCAGAGUGGCAAGUGGAUUCUGCAAUUGUCGUUUGCUUGCAAGUAACGCUCAUCUUUUAUGGAACACGGCAAGGAUAUAAAAGUAUUGUAAUGUCCCGAAAAACACACAUAUAGUGCAUAUACGAGUACGAUAACGAUGUGUAACUUAACCGUUAGUUGAAUUAUCUCUAUGGGUACCAAAAGUCUAACUUUAGUAGCAUUAACCAACCGCUUAGUGAUGAUGUUAGCCAGGGGCGGACGCAGAAAAAAAUUUUGGGGGGGGUCCGGCCAAAAAAAUUUUUAGUUUAUAUGGUUGAAAGGCCGUGUGCUGUAAGGAAAUUUGAAAAAGUCUGCGAUUUUGGGGGGUCCGAACCCCCCAAACACCCCUGCGUCCGCCCCUGAUGUUAGCUGUCGAGUAACGAAAAAACCGAUCCGAUCGCGAACCUAGAUUAUAAUAACCGCCCUUUAUCCCGAAACCGAAAUAAGAAAACAAAACAAACACUAAGCGCUUUGAAUCCCCCGUCUCAGCGCUCUUUUCGAAUUUAAAUAAUUGUAAUGUUAUGCGAUAAUAAGAAAUGUAUUUGUAUCCACAUAUGUACUCGAUGGUCUCAAUGGGCUGGCCUACUAUGCAAAACCCAGAGCAUCAAAUGAAAGCAUUUUCCUAAUGAAAAUCAGCACGUUUAACGCUCUGUUUUUCGCUCGGAUUUACUGCUCGUACAUAUUUCGCAGAUGCGUCUAUAUAAAUCCGUGUAAUCCUUCUUUAGAUUAAAUUGUACUUUGUGAGUUUUGUUAUUUAUUGUCGGCAUUAUAGAGAAACCUAUCGAAAAUACACAAAAUAUUUGCUGUAAAGGACCAUGUUCAAUAAGGCAAAACUAAAUAAAGCAACAUAAUAUCUA